AUGACCACUCUCUUCAGUCGGCUGGGGCCAAUCGAGUCCAGAAUCGCCUCGACAGCACGCGUACCUCAUCCACCUCGAAAGCGCAACUGGAUAUGUGCAGACUGCCGCCACAGAGGGGCCCAGCGGCGGCCUCUCACCACCGCCGACGCCGGACAAAACCUCGACGGCAAGCUUGAACAAGGCUCGGCGCGAGGAGGAUUCGAGCGGACAGAAGAAGCAAUUGGCAAUUCCUGGAGGACAGUAGACUCUCUAUGGGAGCGCGUUCGCCGGGUGAAGCCCGAGGCUCAGGCACUUCAACCCCCUACCGUCGUUACGGAAGAGCGCUCAACAGACUCGCCAUCGCGAUAUUCCUACAGCAAGCGGUAUCUGUACGGAAGCGACGGCAUCGACUACCGGGCUGAGCUGCCAAUCGCACUGGCGCGAGGUGAUCCCGACGCAGCUGUACGAGCCUUCCUCGCCGCUGCAGAAGACACCGACUACGUCCGAGAUAUCCCGCCCGCUACCUUCACUGAGCUCCUGCGCACAAUCGACUCUACCCACUUUAUCGAAGGCGUGAAGCUUGUUCACAACGAGCUGAGCGCCCACUACGCAAAACAGCUGCAUGUAUACCCGGUACACGAGGUAUUGGCCGAUUUCAUACGCAUCGUACGAGAUGUAACCGCGGUACGAAAGUCCGCAGGCGUUGAGCUGGGACUUAGGGACUACAAGCUUCUACUGAAGUGUGCCAGCGCCGUAGGCAACAAGGACGCCGCGAAAGGCAUGUGGGAGGAUCUGCAUCAGGAUGGCCACAUACCGGACACAGACUGUUACAAUUACUAUCUAACCAGUGUCAUCUGGCAUCGGCAUUACCGGGCGAGAGCUCGACACAAGAUCCGCGUCAUACAGAAUAACAUUGCCAUCCGCAGUGCCCAGGGCUGGCGUCGGUGGCUGAAGAUUCAGUGGGCGUUCGACUCAUUCAGGAUGGGGCCUGGUGGGAUCAAAGACGAGGUCACCAAAGUGUUCAACGAGAUGCUCCGCAAAGGCAACAUGCCUAAUGAGAGAACCUUCACCCUGAUGAUGUCCGGCCUGGCCCGCGAAGGCGAUGUAGCAGGUGUCAAGUCCAUCCUGAAGAAGGUCUGGAAUGUCGAUGUAGGCGCGAUCAUGGGCAGAGGCAAAGACAAGCACAAGAACCUCCAGGUCACCCCAUAUCCGCAAGAGUCGCCAUUAUACCCUAGCCAGUAUCUCUUAUUCAUGGUUGCUCACUGCUUUGGCAUCAACAACGACAUCCCUACCGCGCUGCGCGUCGUCGACUUCAUCUCCCGAAACUACAACAUUACCAUAUCGCGCGAUACGUGGGAGCAGCUUCUCCAGUGGACUUUCGUCCUGUCCUUGCCACGCUCAGGCAGAAAGCUAAUACCGGGCCAAAAAGAGGGCCAGCUGCCAGGCAAGGCAGUCGAAGAGCUAUGGAAGACUAUGACCUCGGAGCCAUACAACAUCAAGCCAACAAUGCCCAUGUACAACCGCCUUAUCAAGAACAUGACAAGGCGGUACCGGGCUUGGGAGGACGUGGGACCGAGAAUCCAGGAGGGCCAUCGUCUUUACCGUAAAUCGAUCGUGUCGUAUCACCGAGCCAGACAGGGAUACUUGGAGGCGUCGAAAGCGCAUGAACAUGGUGCAGUCACGUGGCAAUCGCUUGCACGAAUGAAGCGGAACCUCGAACUCCUCUGGCUCAUCAAACGGCGCAACCAUAUGUUCGUCCGCCGCUGGACCCGCCUGUACCUCGGCAGCGCCAGUAAGUGGAAGAAUCGUGACACGGACUGGGAGCGCGGAGAGGCGUCGGAUUUCCUGCGGAAGAUGGGGACGUUUGCGCCGAGGCGCGUGUCUUAUGCCGUCAGCGGUGGUAGCGUCGCGUUCAUCAAUCACUCAAGAGAGAAGAUCAAGGCUUCUCAUGCUAGAAAACGUUUGGACGCGCUUCCGGUGGACAGCAUACCUCUGCAGUUGGCUAAGCCUCCUAGGUGGCGUGCUGGCCGCUCUGGUCAGCAGGCUCCAGUAGAGGAGAAGGCGCCGGUGGAUCAUAUGGAGGAGUUGAUGCGGACGGCUGCGGCUCAUCAUGGUGCCAGGAGCAGCUCUGAUUAA